GGCUCCUUCCCUGCUGCCUAGCCGCCCCAGUGCCUGCGGCUGAGCCAGACUCCCUUGGUCAUGAGCGGGGCCGCCGUGUGGGGCGCCCCGGCUGGGGCGCGCGCAGGCUGGAGGGCGAGCUGGGGGCUCCCUCUCCUUCUAGGGCUGCUGCUGCUGCUGCUGCAGGCGGGAAGGCCGGCCAGCUCCGUCAGUUCCGCGGCGGGGAUAGCUCCUCCUCGCUUUAACGUGAGUCUGGACGAGGCGGCCACCAGGCGCUGGCUGCCGGUGCUGCAGCACUUCGACCCCGACUUUCUGCGGACAGCCUUGGCCACCAUCAUCGGAGAAACGGUCCCUAGCUGGGUUCAUGAUGUACUCAGGCCAGUGGCCUUGGAGAUGGACAAGUUCCUGCCUCAGCCCUUUGAAGGCGAGAUCAGGGGAAUGUGUGACAUACUGGGCCUAAGUGUGGGAGACUGUAUCCUCAUCAAUCUUUCCUAUGAGUUCAGUGCAUUCUGCACCAGCAUCAUUGCCCAAGAUGUCAAUGGCAACAUUUACCACGGUCGGAACUUGGAUUAUGUGUUUGGAAAAUUUUUGAAAAAGUUGACGAUCAACGUGCAGUAUAUAAAGAAUGGGCAGAUUGCGUACACAGGGACUACAUUCGUUGGUUAUGUAGGUUUAUGGACUGGACAAAGUCCAAAAAAGUUUACAAUUUCUGGUGAUGAACGAGAUAAAGGUUUCUGGUGGGAGAAUGCAGUGGCGGGUCUUCUCAGAAAAAAUUGUCCUGUGAGCUGGCUUGUCAGGAGUACCCUGGAAGAAGCCGAGAACUUUGAAGCUGCUGUGAUCAAACUAGCCAAAACACCCAUUAUCGCAGAUGUUUACUAUAUUGUUGGAGGUGUGUCCCCUAAGGAGGGGGUGGUCAUCACAAGAAAUAGAGGUGGUCCUGCAGACAUUUGGCCUCUUGAUCCCACAAAUGGAGAGUGGUUCCGAGUUGAGACAAAUUAUGAUCACUGGAAACCAACUCCUACAUGGGAUGACCGAAGAACACCGGCUAUCAAGGCCCUUAACUCAACCGGACAGGAAAAUAUCAACUUUGAUACACUUUUUAAGGUUUUGUCAGUAGUUCCAGUUCUGAACCCUUUAACAAUUUACACAACAGUAAUGAGUGCUGCAGAACCAGACAAAUACAUGACUCAGAUCAGAAACUGGGGGUGAAAGACGUGAAAAGAAAAGCCGAAUUUUCUACAAUUAAAAAAAAACCUAAGUGAAUAUAUGUAAUCUUUUGUGAAGACAUCCACAUUAUACCACAAUACCAUAUCCAAAUGGGACCCUAUAAAACCAUGUUAGUAAGGAGGACAAUGGCAGCUGCUGCCCAAAGGAAUUAGAUUUUUCAAACAGUCACAAAUGAUAAUCAGAAUGUUCCCUGAUUUUAUUUAUCCCAAUUUGAAGAUCCUAAAAAGACAGGUAGUGGAUACUGUGGGCUCUGUUUGUCCAAGAAUUCAUACUGUUAAUUAAUACAUAGACAUCCACCUUUCUAUGCCCCAGGCUAUCUCCCUGUAAAGUGAACUGAUGAAGAUGAAUGAACUAUUGUUAAAGAGUUUGGGGAAGAAAUAGAAUUCUAACUGGUACAAACACUGAGCCUGUAUGAUGCCUUCCAUUUUGGAUAAUACAAGCAUGAUUUCUAUUAUAUUUUUCUAUGCAACUGAUAUUUUUGAUCUUCUAUAGAGUUUCUGUUUAAAAUUUCUGCUAGACUUGAACUGGUUAAAAAAAAAACUAACCUAUUUUCUUAUUGCUUCUAAAUAGUAAUCUACCAUCCCAGUCCUCUCCACGAUUACAUAAAUUGCCGGGCUAGGCAACAAGUUGAUAAAUCAUUUUGAACAAUUGAAUAAAAGUUUUAUAAAGAUACCA